AUUUAUAAGCGCGCCCCGGCCAAGAUGCCUGCUACUCUGGAGUGGGAUCAAGUGACGCGGAUUAGCCCGGCGAGCCUCCUCGAUUUUGACAAAACCCAGUUGGAAGAGGUCAUCGACAUGUUUGUUUUGACAGAAGAAUGGGAGGUGAAGGAUAAAGCCCCAGAGAACAUUGUUCAAGUCCUCCGAUUGUUCCAGACACUGUUGAAGAUCAAAGACCGAGAAGCUGCUUUUGGCUCCACAAUUCUUGAUCAAGCUGGAGAAAAACAUGGUAAAAUAGAAAAGGAACUCGUCGCCAAGGUGUCGAGGCUGGAACAAGAACUCAAGUCCGGCAAAGGGCGAGACACCCAUUUUCUGAGAGAUGAGAUCCGGCAGCUCGAGGCUAAACUGGAGCAGGGGGAGACAGCGCUGACCCAGUUACAGAGAGAAAUGGGCAAGGAAAAGAAAACCAAUGAGGAGUUGCUUGUGCGAGUAGAGGAGGCCGAGGAUGAAGCCAAGAAGCUGAAAAGAGAGAUUAAAAAGCUUAGGAAGAAGAAUGCGCAGCUCCGGCAGGAUGUGGACUUCUAUCGCGGCGAGCUGGAGCAGAAGGAGCCGCUCGCCUCCAGUGACGAGAACGCAGAGACCCAGAGGAAGCUCAACUCGGCCAACCGACAGCUCUACCAGUGCCUGGAGGACCUUCAGCGAGCCGAGGACGAAAACGCACACCUGAAGACACAGAGUGAGCAGAUGCAGAAAAGUCUGGAGGAGUCGGUGAGGGAGAUGGAGAACAUGACGGACGAGUACAACAAGAUGAAGAUCGUCAUUCAGCAGACAGACUCCAUCAUGGACCAGCUCAGGAAGGAGAGGGACCACACAAAGCUGCAAGUCAGAGAGCUUACGGAUAAGAUUCAUAGUAGGACUGAAGAGGAUGACACAAUCAUGGCAGCAGUCAACGCCAAAGUGGAGGAGUGGAAGAGAGUGCUCUCUGGGAAGGACGAUGAAAUUCUGGUGUACCAGCAGAUGAUCCGCGAGCAGAGGGACAAGCUGCGGUCCGCCCAGCUGGACCUCGACAAAAGCGACAUCGGGGCCCUGCAGCAGGUCAUAUUUGAGCUCUGCAGCGCCGUCCAAGAGAGAGAUAAUCAAAUCAAGAUACUGAGUGAGCAGGUGGAGCAGUAUACAGGGGAGAUGGAGAAGCACACCCUGCUCAUCGACGAGCUAAAGACCUCCACCAUGAAGGACAGAGGCCUCCCAUCGUCCGUACAGCAGAGAAAGAUGCAGGAGCUGAAGUCCAAGCUGGAGGCUGCGGAGACGAGAGCCGUGGAAGCAGCGCGGGCGGCAAAGCUCGCCGAGGCUCACGCCGAAGAGAAAGACAAAGCACUCAUUGAGGCCUCAAACCGCUUGAGCCAGUAUGAGUCUGGCACUUAUGGCCUGGAAGCAGCCAUCGCAGAGAUCAAAGAGAGUAAAAAUCAAAUUAAAGUGCGAGAUCUUGAGGCGGAGGCCUUGACCAAAGAGAUCAACCAGCUUGAGAUGCGAAUGAAUGAGCUCAUGGACCAAAACGAGGAUUUCCGAGAAAAACUAGGUCUGGAACCAGCGACGGAAGUUGACCUCACAGAGUUCCGGCGAGCAAAAGAACUCCGCCAGCGGCAGUACAAAGCGGAAAACCAAGUCCUCACCAAAGAGAUCGAAAGACUCGAAGAAGAGAGACUGGAGCUGAAGAAACAAGUCAGGCGCAUGGUGAAGGAAAGAGGGAUGCCACAGUCCAGCCUGCUGCUGGAGGAGGACCUCGGGCCCGGCAGGAAACCGGGCAGGACCUACACGGAUGAAGAGGACCGACGCAAAAAUGAGCACCUAGAACAAGUUCUGAGCCACAAGGAGAGCGAGCUGGACCUUCAUAAGACCCAGUUCCACAUGCGAUUGGAAGAACUGACGAAGGUGAAGAGCGACCUGGAGGGCGCGCUGAAAGAAGUCCUCCACGCCAUGCGGGUUAAUCGAGAAAGCACUCCGGCUGCCAUCAAUAUUCCCCGUCUUGAAAAGUUGGUCAACGCCGUGGAUGCCGGCAGCCUGAGCGGGCAGUCUGAGUCGGCCCCGGACCUCCAGUCCCAAAUCCAUCAGCUGCUGGGCAGAAACCAGGAGCUGAGGCAGGAACUGAAAUCGGCCCGUCUGGAAGCAACCGGCAGUUUCACUCAGCUUGCCGCAGCCAAAGAAAAGGUGAGCCAGCUGGAAGGUGAAUUGGAGUUGUUAAGGAGGUCGGGCCACCAGGGGGUCGCCUUCCGACCUCUGACCCUCCCCGAGGGCUUAGCGCCCAGCAGCACUGAGGUCAUCAGCUCUCUGAAUGAGUACGCCAUCCGACUUCUUCAGGAGCUUAAAAACCAGGAGGAGAAAAACAAGAAACUGGCAGGAACACUGGAGGAAUACAAGGAGAAGUUCUCUGUUGUUACCCACCAACAAGGACUCUUGUAUAAAGAAUACCUGCGGGAGAAGUCUGAGUGGCAAAAGGAGAAAGAGACAUUUACAGAGUUGAAGAACAAGCUGGAGGAGCAAAAGCAAGUGGAUGCUGUUAAAAUCCAAGAAUUCAACGAGCUGCUGGACAGCCUCCAGAAGAGCCCGGAGGAAGUCAGGAGAUCGCUGAGCGAAGCGCUGCGCAGGGCGACGGUGCUGAAGGUCAACGAGACGAAACUGGCGCGUCGCUACGUCACCCUGCUGGAGCAAGAACAGCACCUCCGCAGGGAGAACGGCAAGCUGAGGGACGACAGCAGCCGCAUGCAGGCUUCUGUCACCCAGAGGAUAGGCUACCUGCAGAGAUACAAGGAAAUGUCGGCGUACAAGAUAGCAGCGCUGCAGAAGGCCUUGGAUGAUAGCGUGCCCUCAUCAGACCUGGAGAGGGCCAACAAACAGUACACAGAGCUGACAGUGAAAUACAGAGACGUGCUACAGAGGGACAGCCGCCUGAUACAGAGAACCACCAACCUCGAACAUCUGGAGAGUGAGAAUGAGUCUUUCCGGGAGCAGAUGUCAGCCAUGAAUAAGGAACUGGAAAUCACAAAGGAGAAACUGAAUACCUUGGAGCAAGCAUGGAACAACAUCAAUGCGAUUGGAGGUGAGAGUAACAUGGAUAAGGCCGACAAGGCGUUGGCCAACCAGGAGAUGGUAUCGGCUGCCAGGCGCAUCACCACCCUGGAAAUGAAGGAGCUGAACGAGAGGCAGAGAGCAGAGCAUGCCCACAAAAUGUACGAGCACUUGAGGAAGUCCCUCAGGCAGGUGGAAGAACGCAACACGGAGCUGGAGUCCAAGUUUGCAGAGCUGACCAAGAUGAACGCGGAGGCCCAGCGGGUGGAGCGGGAGUUGAGAGACGAGCUGGCCGGAGGCGUCAGCAAAGCUCUGAGCGACGCCGACAGAGCCCGCAUCGCAGAGCUGGAGAAGGCCGAGGCUGGACUCCGGGUCGAGGUUUCUAAGCUCCAAGAGGUAUCUGACGUGGCCAUGAUGCAGGCGUCUGCCCUACAGGCCAGACAACAGUCCAACGAGAAGGAGGUAGACGCUUUGAGGAGACAAAUACUGGACUACCAGUCCCAGUCCGAUGAGAAGGCCCUCAUUGCAAAGCUCCACCAGCACGUUGUUGCUCUGCAGCUCAGAGAGGCGGCCCUCUCUGCCCAGCUGGAGGCGGCCGCUGCUCAAGUCAAGCAGCUGGAGGCCCACAGGCUGCGUGCCGAACAGCGGCUGGACGCCGGCGAGCGCGCUCUGUUCCUCGCCCGCCAGGAGGGGAGAAACCGCUCCAAGCACCUGAGGCAGACCAUCCAGUCGCUGCGAAGGCAAUUUGCCGGAGCUCUGCCACUUCACCAGCAGGAAAAGUUCUCUGUGGCCAUGGUGGACCUCCAGGAAAACCAAGCCCAAGCCCAGGAGGAGAAGAGGAAGGCUGUGGAGGAGAGGAGGGGGGCUGAGGGCAGGGCGCAAGAACUGGAACUGAGACUCCGAGGCCUGGAGGAGCUCAUCUCAACUCUAAAGGACGUGAAAGGGGCCCAGAAGGUGACCGAGUGGCACAAGAAGAUGGAAGAAGCUCGUCUGCAGGAGCUGAGGAAAGGUAGGGAGCUGGUGGUCCAAAAGGAGGAGAUCAGGUACCUGAAGAACCUGGUGGAGGAGCAGGAGCGCACCAUCCGCUCGCUGGAAGAGGACGUUGUGCAGCAAAACACGCUUCUGCAAGAACGGCAGCUUGCGUAUGAUCAGCGAGAAGUGGAGCUGGAGCGUCAACUGGACCAGUACGAAAGGCACCAAAAUGAAAUAGUGAGCGGGUCGGAAAAGUAUGAAGACGGUACGGGAUCCCAUCCCGACCCGAGCCUCCCUCUAGCUCACCAGUUACAGUUUGCCUUGGGGAAAAUCAGAGAGCAUGUCCGCACCAUCUUAGACACGCAGGCCACCUGCAAAAGUAUGGAUGAGAAGUUGAAAGAGAAAGAAGCCGCUCUGCGGAUGGCCGAACAGAACGUCGUCUCCAGGGAUAAAGUGAUCAACGAGCUGCGCCUGCGGCUCCCGGCGGCCGCCAGCAGAGAGCGCCUGCUGGCGGACCUCGCUAAGCACGAAGAGGGCCGAUCAGAUAGUCAGCCGGCCAUCAAGCUCGCUCACCAGACCAUCCGAGACCUCCAGGCCCGGCUCAACAAAAAAGAGGACGUGAUAAAGAAAUGCCACAACCAGUUGGCUGGAGCCAGACAGGACCAGGAGGAGAUGAUCAAGAGACACCAGGAGGAGCUGAGAACGUUGCAUCACAAGUUGGACCAGCAGACGGACACCUCGCUGGACCGCUUCAAACAGACCGCUUUGGAGCUGAUGAAAAAGCCCACCAUCAGGGUGCAGACCACCAAGCAUCUCGAGCGUCUGGCUGAGUUGGAGCAGACGGCGGCUGAACAGGACGCGUCGCUCUCCUCCAUCACAGAGAAGCUGAAGCUGGCCAACGGCGAGCUGGAGCGUCAGAGGAUCACCAUGGAAACCCUGGCUAAGAGACACGCCGGCGACAUGUCAAAGCUGGAGGAGGAGCACGCCGCCCAGGUGAAAGCUCUGACUGGUCAGACUGAGGAUCAGGCGAGCCAGAUGGCCCACGUGGAGAAGGAGGUGAACUACCUGCGCGCGGAGCUGGCGGCCCAGAAGGAGGCCAACGUCCGCUCCCCGAGCAACACCAUGAGGAACCUGGUGGAGCGGCUGAAAGCUCAGCUCAGCCAGAAGGAGAAGCAGCUCAAGGCUCUCAGUAAGGCUCUGCUGCAGCUGCGGGCCGAGAUGACGGCCGCCGCCGAGCAGCAAGUCGUAGCCGGCGCCGCGCAGAGGGAGGAGAGCCUCAAUGUGCAGAUGUUGGUUGACAGACACACCAAAGAGCUAAAGGUGCAAGUACAGGAAGUUAAUGAGGAACUUCAAGCUGCGAAGGAGUUCGCCAAAGCAGCCAGAUGUCGGGAGAAAAGCCUGAAAGAGGAGGUGGACGGCCUGAACCAGGACCUCCAAAAGAGUCUGAAAAGCCAGCGACGCCUGCAGGCGGAGAAGGAGGAGAAGGAGCAGGAGGUGCAGGAGCUCAAGCAGCAAGUGAAGAGGCUCAGCAGCACCCUUCAGAAUCCGGCAGAACCAGAUGGGAAGGGGUCAACCAUCGAGAAUCUGCAGAAGAAGGUCCGGCGCCUGGAGGCUGACUUGGAGAAAAGAGGAGAGAUGACGCACGUGAAGGAUGAUCAUGAAAAGUCCAAAGGUCAAAUGGUGCGUUGGGAGGAGGGGAAGAAAUGGCAGGCCAAGCUGGAGAAGAUGAGAACUUCACUGAAGGAGAAGGAACGAGAGAAUGAGUCCGUGUCCAAACAGCUCGGCACUCUGAAAGAGCUCUACGCCAGACUGGAACAAGAGAAGAGUUCCCUGCAGAAGAAGCUGAGGGGUCGAGGUGUGACCGCCGACCAGGUGGUGGGAGCGCGAUCCGCCGAGAUGGAGAUGGAGUCAGAAGAGCUGAGGAGGAAGAACUCUGCCCUGGAGACACAGAUCCUCACCAUAAAAGAGCAGCAGGCUUUACCCCGAGACGACGCCAUGGAGAAUCUGACCCUGAGGAACCGCUAUUUGGAAGAGCGACUUCACUCCGUAGAGAUGCAGAUACCCAGAGAGGCCCCAUCGAGACCCUCUGCCCAAAGCUUCUCCUCUCGGGCUGCCCGAGGGACUGACUCUCUCACUUUUGAUGUUGCCGAUGGGUCACGCAAAAGGAAUGCAGCGCCCCCCUCUGCCGACUCCUACCGCCGGCCUGUAGUCCCUGAAGGCGAUGAAGACUCUGCUGACGAAGGGCCGGUGACCCAGCUGAGCCCUGGUGGGGCAGAGGAGGUCCACCCCCAGCGAGAACAAUUGGGUCCUCACGUCGCAGGAAGCGGUGACACCAGUCACGUUGGAGAGGACGAAGAGGUCUCAGGAAGUGCACAAGAACUCUGCUUUGCUUCCGAAGGGGAGGCCGCUGACGACAACGACAAAGACCAAGAAACAAGGAGCGCAGAAGGAGGCGAGUCCAGAGCCGGCGAUCCUUCGGGGGCACCAGGAUCGGAGGCGUCCUCCCCUGAGCCCGCGUCCACAGCCACGUACCCGCAGGGUGCCGGUGAACGCGACGAUCCCGCAGGAACCGCCGGCGAAAAGCCAGAGCAGGCCAAGCUGAACGAUGAGGGGGUGGAGGCUGCCAGGGAGGUGAUGCAGGACGCUAAUCCAGAGCACUGCCGCUCCGCAGAACCAGAUGUGGACACCGGCUCCGUCCUGAGCGAACCCCGAGAGAGGUUUAUGGGUAGAAAAGGGGACGCUCGCCCUGGAAGAGCAGAGAGCCGAUCGGUUAGGUAUCUGAAGACUUCAGGACGCGGCACCGGCACCCCCUCCCAGAGAGAUCAGGACCUGCAGAAGGAAAACCUCAAACUGGCCUCAGAGAACCUGGAGCUUCGCUUCCAGCUGGGGCAGGCCGACAAAGACUUACCCAGACUGAAGAAUCAAGUAGCAGACCUGAAGGAGAUGUGCAGCGCGCUGAAGCAGGACAAAGCGGACGUGGAGAAAAAGCUCUCACAUAUAAGCAGAGCCGGUCACAGCGGGAAAACGGUAGCUGAACUGGAGAAGACGGUCGGGUUGAUGAAGAAGGUGGUGGAGAGGGUGCAGAGGGAAAACGACGCACUGAGGAAGUCCGGCGCUGCUGCAGGUCAAGACAAAGUCGCUGCCUUGGAGCUGGAAAGGGAAAAGCUGAAGGCUGACUACGAGAAGCUGAAGAGUCAAAGUGAGGCCGAGCUGAGUUCCAAACUUGAAUCUAAAACAAAAGGACUGGAGAAGAUAGUGAUGGAGAGCGAACGUCUGCGCAGGGACAUCAAAAGGGAAAUGGAAGCGGCCCAGAGGCUGCGAGAGACCAAGGCGAGUCUGGAAGCGACCAACGAGAAGCUGGAGGCCGAGCUGGAGGAGGCCAAGCAGAGGCUGCAGGCGGCUCUAUCCGGAGCCAUCGCGCAGGGGGCGGGCAGUAAGGCCCACAAGGCCUCCGUGGUGACCAGGAUGUUCGAGACCAAGAUGAAGGAGCUGGAGAAGGAGCUCUCCCAGAAGACCAGGAGUCUGUCUGAACUCACACUCCAGCUGAAGGAGAUGAAGCAGAGCCAGGAGACGGCACAGAGAACCAUCGGGGAGCUGCAGGAUCAGGUUGACACGUUGAGGGGUUUCCCAACCACUGCGGGGGCCGGCGGGGGGGUCACCAAGGAGCUGCAGGCCACGAGGUGGAUGACCUCUGACCUGGUGGAGGAGAACGCUGAGCUGAAACGAAGGCUGGACGAGUACAGCGAGCGGUACGGGGACACGUCCUCGACCCCAGACCACGCCAAGCUCAGACGCGCUCUGCACGCCGCCGAAGCGGAGAAGACCAAAGUCCAAGGCGAGGUGAAAAAGCUGAAGAAGGAACUAGAGAACUUCGACCCGACGUUUUUCGAGGAGAUCGAAGAUCUGAAGUAUAACUACAACUUGGAGGUGAAGAAGAACAUCCUGCUGGAGGAGCAGCUGAAGAAGGUGUGCGACCGGUUUGGCGUAGAAGCCGAGCUGCCCGACGUGUCCGUGGGUUAACACGGGUCACUGUGCCUUUAAAUGCGCCCCCGCCCCCCCCUGUGAAGAAUGUCUCCUCUUCAGGACCACGGUGAAGAACCAGGCAGCUAAUUUCUUUGGUGACUGUGUAGCACAUUAAUGUUUAAGUGUGUCAAUAAAGCAGACGUCUGAAUGGCCUCAUA